AUGUCCAUAAUUGUGGGAUACUGUCCAGGGAUUUUAACUGAAGAGUUAUUGAAAUCUGGUGCUCCACGUGUUGUAGCUCUUGAAAAUCAAGAAUAUUUUCUGCCAUUUAUUGGAAAACUAAGUCAGCAAUAUCCUAAUAGAUUACAGUGUGUUUAUGCUGAUGUUAAUAGAUUAGAUCCUGUUGGAGAUGGUGAUGUUUUUCCUCCUGCUAGAACAUCUAUAGAUUUAUUUCAAAUAAUUGGUGCUAAACCGACUGAAUGGGAGUCAGAUCCUGUGGUGAAAGUGAUACAUAUGGUAGCUAAUAAAUACAAUGAAAGAGCCUUACUCUUGAGGAAUAUAUUCAACUUAGUCAAUAGAUUUUCAUGGUUUCAAUAUGGAAGGAUAGAGAAUUAUUUUCUUAUCAGUCACAAAGAUUACAAGGCUAUAACACACACACCAAAACAGAAGUAUCGCAGUCAAUAUUUACCUCUAGCAGUAUUACAUGAUAUGACGUGUCAUGUUGAGUUGUUACAUACAGAACCAAGGACUUCAUUUCAUCCUUUCCCCAAAAUGAGUAUGGACCCCCCAACACAGCCUUCCCAAAUACCUGAUGUUCAUUUGAUCAAAGUUACACCAAGGAGGGAUUUCUUCAGCUACAAUCUAUGUAGAACUGACUAUGGUCUGUUGUGUUUUAUGGUAAAGCAGUUUAUGAGUAAGAAAUCUACCCAUUUGAUGACUGCUGUUGAAAAUUGGGCACCUGGAUGUGGACAUGUGGUGACCUCCCUUGGCUUGGAUUCAAAGACUUUAACUGGGGACAUUACUGGUAAACAGUACUUUCAGCUUUUUCUGGAAAUCUGUAAGAACAAUGGAUUUGAUGGAUCAUGGUUAAAAGAGGAAGCCCUCGAUUUUGUAGAUGGUGGUUUACUUUUAUCAGAUCAUCCUUCAAGUUCACGCUCAAGAUAUCGAUAUGCAUUUUGA